AUAAUAAUUGUGUAUUCCUCUCUAUAUGAAUAUUAUUCUAAGUUAAAAAAAUAACGUGGUCAAUAUACAUUAAAACUUCCUUUUAUCAUGUACGAUACUUAAAAGUGAAAAAGAUAUGGCGCUUAACCUGACUGUAAAAGUUCAUCCCGUAGUUUUAUUUCAAAUUGUCGAUGCAUACGAACGUCGAAAAGCGGAAUCUCAUCGUGUUAUCGGUACAUUAUUAGGUACUGCUGAAAAAGGAAUGGUUGAAGUUACAAACUGUUUUUGUGUUCCACACAAAGAAUCUGAAAGUCAAGUAGAAGCUGAUUUAACAUAUGGAAUCGACUUAUACGAAUUGAAUCAUAGAGUUAACGCACAAGAAAAUAUUGUCGGAUGGUGGGCAACCGGAAAUGAAGUUACUACUCAUUCUUCUGUUAUUCAUGAAUAUUAUGUUCGUGAAUGCAAUAAUCCCGUGCAUUUAACUGUUGAUACAACAUUAGCAAAUACUACUAGAAUGGGAAUUAAAGCUUAUGUAUGUGUUCCAUUAGGAGUACCUAAUGGAAAACAAGGUUCUAUGUUCACCCCAGUGAAAGUACAAAUUACAUGUUAUGAACCAGAAAUUGUUGGAUUGCAACUUUGUUCCAAAACUCAAUUACCAGCACAUGCUCAAAUAACUGGUGUAAAAACAGGAGGAGGCAUAGAACCAAUGAUGGAUCUUUCUCAGAUAGCAGAAGCUAGUGCUAAACUUUCUUCCAUGUUGGAACAAGUACUUGCAUAUGUCGAUGAUGUCUUAACUGGAAAACAACCACCAGACAAUCAAGUUGGUCGUGCACUUUUAGAUAUGGUACAUUCAGUGCCUAAAAUGUCAAGCGAUCAGUUUGAUGAGAUGUUUAACAGUAAUGUAAAAGAUUUAUUAAUGGUCGUCGCACUAUCACAAUUGAUAAAAACGCAACUUCAACUUAACGAAAAACUAACGUUACUUACAACUCUAUAAAUAGUAUGAUAUAAUUUCAUAAAUUCUGUAACACAAUUUGUACGAAUAAUAAACAUUUUAAAUUUUAAAA